CUCUGCAGCACUACCCCAUUUUAGUCCAGCGCACGCACACUCACACACGACUUUUCCUAGGUGGUAAAAAAGUGAGUGAAAAUCGAGAUUUCCACACGCAUCGCACGCUAGCGGUCACAUAGCCUGCGAGAUAGCCGUCACUGCCACCGCCGCAGCACUUUUCACGCGCUACCGGCCAGAAGGAAAUGAGCGCGCCGAGCAACAAAAUGUCGGCCACCGAUCAGAUGCGAGCAAUGCUUGACCAGCUAAUGGGCACUACGCGGAAUGGCGACGAGCGCCAGCUGAAGUUCUCGGACACCAGGGUCUGCAAGUCCUUCCUGCUCGACUGCUGCCCGCACGACAUCCUGGCGUCCACGCGCAUGGAUCUCGGUGAGUGUCCCAAAGUGCAUGACCUGGCUUUCCGCGCAGAUUACGAGAGUGCGGCCAAGACGCGCGACUACUACUACGACAUCGAGGCCAUGGAGCACCUGCAGGCCUUCAUCGCCGACUGCGACCGCCGCACCGACUCCGCCAAGCAGCGCCUGAAGGAGACCCAGGAGGAGCUGACCGCCGAGGUGGCCGAGAAGGCCAACGCCGUCCAUGGCCUGGCCGAGGAGAUCGGCAGGAAGCUGGCCAAGGCCGAGGCGCUCGGCGAGGCCGGCGAAGUGGAGGACAGCAUGGAGCUGAUGAAGGAGAUCGAGGAGCUGCGCGCCAAGAAGAUCAAGGCCGAGCACGAGUACCGCACGAGCAUGCCCGCCUCCACCUACCAGCAGCAGAAGCUGCGCGUCUGCGAGGUCUGCUCCGCCUACCUGGGCAUCCAUGACAACGACAUCCGGCUGGCGGACCACUUUGGUGGUAAGUUGCAUCUCGGCUUCCUCACCAUUCGCGAGAAGCUGAUCGAGCUGGAGAAGACGGCGGCGCCGCGCAAGGCGGAACUCAAGCGGACGGGUAAGAUGACGGACCGCGACGACGAGGGCCGUGGCCGCAAUCGCUACUUUGUAGGUGGCCGUGAACUGGACCGCCGCUCCCGCGUACACCGUUCCCGCUCCAGGGAACGCCAGCGGUUACGGGACGCCGAGCGCGAACGACCCAACAACGGACGCGGAGCGGAGGAGAAGGGUGGCGAGCGGCCCAAGGAGGCGCCGGAUGGCCCAGAGCGACCCGAAAGAGCCGCGGAACGCGGAGGACGGCGCGAUGAUAGGGACAACCAUGGAAGAGAUCACCGCGAGCGGGAACGCGAUGGCAGGAGGGAUCGGGAGCGCCACGGCCGCAACGACAGAGGACGCUUCGGCGACAGGGGCGGCGGUGGAGGAGGCGGUGGCCAUCACCGGGAUGACAGACGCCGCUCACGCUCGAGGGACCGGUCGCCACGGGAACGCCGCAACUUCAACCACUUCAGGGAUGGCGGCGGCGGCGGUGGAAACGGACAGCACAGACGCUCCUACUCCCGCGAGCGCUACUCCCGCCGCUAGGCUAGAAUCCCGCCCAGCGCACGUACGUAGCAUUAAUCACAUGAACUACAACUACAAUGCCACCACAAUUGAACUACUGAAAACAACAGCAAACGAAUAUUCAUAGGCUAAUCAAUAAAGCAACCCAGAGCCACACAUUCGGCGCUCCAAUGUGCAGAGACGAUUGUAAAUUUUUAAUCAUUUCUAUUUUGAUCUUGCGUUCCAAUCUCCAAUACCCAAUAAAGCUGAACAACGCUGUUGCUUUCCCGUGUUAACCGAACCCAGCCCAGCCCCUGACCCAAGCGAAAAAUUGUAAGAGAUGCGUUAUGUGCACCCGAAGCAAUGCGAUUGAGAUUCGAUAGCCCCCGUCCAGUCCAAAGUAUUCGACAAGUAGAGAAACCCAACCGAAAAUAGCGAACCCAGCGAACCCAAGGCAGUGUUGCCGAUUGUAGUUCAGCUUAGAGUAACUCGGUUAGGACUCAGAAGACUAAAUUAUUAGGCCCAGGAGAGCAGGAGAUACCUCUAAUAUUUGAUAUUUUGUGUGUUGUAUAGCUAGCUACAAGUUGGUUACACCGACUGAGACCCAACCAAACCAGACCACUCGACCACGUACUCUUCUCAGCUCGCGAUCACAUUCUCCCGGUCGAAGUCAACGUGUGCUGGGCAUCGCUGUCGUCCCGUUCGGGGUAAGCCUCCAGCAUAUUUAACUCUGACACUCUAUCACUGCUCUGAUCUGAUUUGAUAUGAUUUGAUUUGAUUUGUAACCCCAAAGCGUUCUCUACUUGAAGCUCGACACUUUCGCAGCCGCUUUCGCACAGCUUCGGUACGUAUUGAGUAUGGCGAGGUGACUAUAUCCUUUAAACCAGACCGCUGUUAGUUGUUUUGGCAGAUUUGCGUUUACAUGCUAGAUAAUCCAGAUAAUAUAGCUUGGGUACGUAUCCAUUCCGGCCGACGUUUUCCUUUCGAAUCGUCCUAUGAGAGUGUCGUUUAUGUUUUCGGUUCUGGGUACGUAUUAAUGCUAGAAGAUCACGACUCUGUGGUACGUAUGCAUAUAACGACUAUCGUAUGAUAUGAUUUCCCGUAAGCAGACCAGGCUUUGUAGGGUUCUCGGCGAUCCAGACCCCAACGUACGUAUUCCUCCUCCUCUCUCUCUCUUGAAAAUAAAUAAUCAAAACACAACCCCCAACCAAAAAUAAAAUAAAAACAUUAAUCCCGUAGCGUUUAGAGGCAAUCGAAAUCCGUUUCUAACCAAACCUCUGUUUAUCUUGCCAAACGGUGCUUAAGCCACAGACUCGAUGCCGCCGCGGGGGCUCAGAUCAGUACAGACAUGCCUUUAUGUGAGUAUUCGGGGCACUAAUCUCUGAUUACAACCAGGCAAAUGGCACAUGGCAAUGCAAAUUGAACCAUCGAGGACGGCUGACGCCCUGUGCUUGGCUCGUUUCUUUCGGCAGCCGAGCCGGUAUAGUGGGAGUUGUGAGAGCAGUGAAUUGAGUUGUUUGUGUUUGGCCCUGACAGUGGGUAAGAAUCAAUCGAAAACGCCAACAGAUUUUCUAACUACCUUACGUCUUUAUAACAAAUGUAUUGUUUUCUACUCCUAAGUCAACACACUGUUCUACUCACUUUUAAGUUAUACACCACACAACACACUCAAAUUAGAUCUAAAUUAUAACUAAAAUUUACGGAUCUAAGCGCAAUGUAAUAAAAUUGCACUGAAUUAUA